AUGGGCCAAUUCGGCAUGGAGGCCCACGUGGGCUUCUUCUUGAAGUUCAUGGGCAUUCUGUUCUUCGUCAUGACGUUUGGGCAGAUCGGCCAGAUGGCCUACUGCUGGCUCAUGACAGGCGGGCUUCUUUACGUCGUCCUCAAAUCCGGCCUGGGCUUUGAUAACGACGACACGGUGGCCAUUCUAGCCGCGGUGGCUGGAUUGCGUGCUAUACCUUUCUUGUACAAGCGUCUCCUGACCCUUGUCGCCACCUAUCCGCUGUCCUUGACCUUCAAGUUCGCCUCUAAGAUCCUUCCGAAGUACACAAUUGACGAGGAUCUGUUCUUCUCCUGCGACGGUGCUUCGCCGGAGGUGGCUGAGCGCCGGCGGGCCUCUAUGAAGGAGCUCAGCGAGAAGUGGAAGAAGAAGUACCCCAAGUGCCAGGAGUUCUCCUCUGAGUUGAAGAAGAUGAUCUCGGACCUCCGGUUCACCUCAGCAAGGUGUUUCCCGGCCUUCAACGGCGUGAUGCAGAAGUACCUAGACCCCUCCAUGGCCCUGGAUCGCACCGAGGGUGUGGAUGUGGUCGACCUGGAUCAGAAUAGCUCCAUGGACAUCUCCGGAUCUUAUGGCGUCAACGUCUGUGGUUACGAGAAGUACAAGGACUUCAUUGAGGCCGGAUGGGCCAAUGCCAAGAAGCAGGGCCUUUUCUUGGGAUCCUUGGACAAUGUUGUCCUGGACAACAUUGCGCGCCUGCGCAAGAUCUCCGGUCAGGAUGAGGUGUCGUUCCACAUGUCUGGCACGGAGGCUGUGAUGUGCGCCGUGCGCGUAGCCCGCUUCAACACGAAGAAGCCUUUGGUGGUGACCUUCGGCGGAGCCUACCACGGAUGGUGGGAUGGCAUGCAGCCUGUGGCUGGAAACGAGCGGCUCCCCCAGGAUGUCCUGUGCUUGAAGGACAUGAACAACUUGUCCUUGAAGGUGAUCGAGCUCCGCGGCAGCGAGAUUGCAGCAGUCCUAGUAAACCCUCUUCAGUGCUUCCACCUCAAUCAGUCUCCUCCGGGAGACGCAGUGCUCUCCACCAACAACAGAAAGGUGGGGCCCACGCCAGGAUACAAGGAGUGGCUCCACAAGUUGAAGGAGACAUGCACCCGCGCAGGCGUUUGCCUGAUUUUCGACGAGGUCUAUACUGGCUUCCGCCUCCACCCACGGGGGGCACAAGGGGCCUAUGACGUCAAGGCCGACAUCGUUUGCUACGGGAAGACCUUGGGUGGUGGUCUGCCCAUUGGCGUCGUGUGCGGGCCGAAGGACCUUAUGGCACGAGGUGAUGCCAAGAAGGCAGCGCGUAUUAACUACGUCAUCGGCACCUUUGCCGGCCAUCCGUUCGUGAUGGCGUGCAUGAAUGCCUUCCUCAAAUGGCUUGACGAGCCUGCCACCGUGAAGUCCUAUGAUGAGAUGCACGCGAACAUUGACGCCUUCAUCAAGGCUGCGAACAAGAAGUUCGAGGAGAAGGGGUAUCCAGUUCAGCUGACCAACUGGUUCUCUGUCUGGUCUAUUCUCUACACGAAGCCUGGCCGCUACCACUGGAUUUUCCAGUACUUCCUGAAGGACGCCGGAGUCAAUCUCAGCUGGGUCGGUACGGGCCGUCUACUCUUCUCGCUGGAGUGGAAGAAGGCCUCGGAGAGUCCUCACGUCUCCACACCGGGAGCUGUUGUGUCAGACACCGUGCAGGUGUACUGGGCUAAUCAGAACAACGGCUACAAGCAGGGCGCGAUUGCCACGGGCUUCGCAAACCCCGAGGAGAGCCCUGCUGGCGCUGCCAGGUCUAGCUUCGUGGCAGCGGAGUUAAAAGCGUUGGUCUGUUUGGAGUUCAAGAACAAGUCACACAAGCAAUCAGUUGCCCUCGGCCGAGGGCUCUUUGAAAAUGAGUUCUGGGCUUAG